UUGUGGUAGUUGUUAUGCAUAGCCUAGCAUGUUCAUUUCUUACUAUAAAGUAAUAUAUAAUCGAUUAUAAACAAAUGAAACCAGUAGAUUCAGACGAGGAGGAGGCGGAGCAGCUGGGUGCUUAUCAAAAGGAGCUCAGGCAGCGGGCCAAUCAGAGCAUCCAGCAGCUGAGUAGUGCUCUGGAGCAGCUGAAUCCUGGUGGUGAAGAGGUGGAGGAUGUCAGAGGCAGUGAUGGCAGCCUUUUCACUGCCAUGGCUGAAGAGGACAAGGCUGCAUGGAGCCAAAAGACACAGAGCGAAGCAGUCAAUCAGCUGAAGAGCCUUUUACUGAAGCAAGGCAGAGAAAUGCCCGCUCCUCUCUCUCCUUCAAGGAAACACACUUCACCCAAGAGAUUACAGCAGGAGGGAAAGUCCAGUUUACCUGCCUUUCAGGAUUUGGUCCCCAUGAUUCACAACCAGUCAGAGUACAUCCAACACCUGGAAGCUGAGGUCAAAUUCUGCAAGGAAGAGGUGCAGGGGAUGAAGCAGCGUGUCAGAGUGGUGGUGGUGGAGAAUGAGAGGCUGCAUUCAGAACUCAAAUCCAGAGUGGAUGAAUCUCUGAAAGAUUACACCUUGCAAAAUUCCAUGGUGAAUGAGGGCAUGGCAGCCAACAGCCGCAUUGUCUCCAAUACAGGACACACUGUGCUGCAGAGGGCAGAACACACCGCAUGGAAAAAUGAGCUGGAACAAUUGAAAGUGAUCCACCAGGCCCAGAUUGAAAGCUUGGAGGCUCAGGUCAUCUCUCUCAGGAAGGAUCUGUCGGUCAGCCAGAAGGAGUGUGAGGAGGUGAAGGUUCGUCUGAGACACAGGGAGAAACAGGCUGCAGAUGCACUGAGGACUGAUGGAGCUCCCCGCGUGGCAGGAUUGUGUCUUCAGUGCGCACAGCAUGAAGCAGUCUUGGCUGGGACUCACACAAAUCUGCAUGUUCAGGCUAUUGACAGGCUCACAAAGGAGCGUGAUGAGUUGCUGGUGGCUCUACGCGCUGUGCGGGCCAGUCAGCAGGAGGCGCAACAUCGGGAGUGGUCAGCCUGUCUUCAGGUCAAACAGGCGGUAGAGAUGGCCGAAGACGCAAAUCUUCACAAAGCGAGGGUGGAGGUACAGUGUGAGCAGCUCUCAAGGGAGUUGGCUCGACAGAGAGAACAGCUAGAAAAAGAAGCCCAGGCCCUGCAGGAGAGACUGGCUGAGGCCAGAGAGGAGGGCCAGACUGAGGCCCGCAAACAGAAAGAGGAGCUGGCACAUACAGUGUCCGGCCUUUCCCAGCGUGUAGCUGAGUUGGAAGGACAGCUGGACAGAACUCACAGAGAUAAGAGCUCACUGACCAAUCAGCUGGAAGACACUCUUCGCAAACUUACCAGUCAGGAACAAGACAAUACCAAGGUGUGUGUGGAUCUGAGAUAUCAGCUCAGCCAGGCCCAACUGAAGAAAGAGGAGGCAGAGAGAGAGCUCCGAGAGCUCAACUCCAAGACCAAGAGGCAGAUGGAAAAGGCUGCACAGGAAGUGGAAAGGCUGAGCUCAGAGCUGGUUGGCUGUCGGCAGCAUCUGGAGGCGGUCCAAAAGGACGGGAGCCAAUGGCAGGCCGAAGCCCUGAGCCUAGCAGAACAGCUGGCAAAUGCCCAGCGCCAACUGCACCUCACCAGACAGGAGAGUGAGAGUGCAGAACGAGCUCACGAGGAUGAAAUGACGUCUGUGACCCAGGCAUCACGCGAGCGAGAGAGAGAGCUGACUGUGCUGCUGGAGCAAACAGAAGCUCAACACCAACAGAGAGUCAGAGAGCUGGACGGUCUGCUGAGCUCCCAGAAUGCCCUGAUCAGGAAGCUGAAGGAGGAGUGCUGCACACUGGGAGUCAAACUAGAAGAGCUGACAGAAAACAGCAGGAGUGAACUGGAGCAGCUGUCUCUGGAGAAGCAACACCUAGAGGAGACGGUGAGGAGUCUGAGAGCUCGCUGCUCCAACAUGGAAGAGCAGUGUGUCCAGCACGGCCGCAUGCACCAGCGCAUGAAGGACAGGCUGCAGCAGUUGGACCGUCACUGUCAGAGCAGUGCCCAGCAGGUGUGUGAGCUGUUGGCCAAACAGAGCCAGCUGAUGCAGGAGAGAAACACACUCAAUGAGGAGAUGCAGAACCUACGCAUAGAGCUUCCCAACACAAGACGAGUCGACACCCUGACCACAUGAGUCUGUCCUGCCUGCCUUCUCCCUCUUCCUCAUCAUCACCCCUGCUCUUCUGUGUGGAUUUUUUCAGCAUCAGAAAUCUCCUGUCAAACUGUUACUCUUUUCUUUUCAAUGGCUGAAGUGCAGGAAGACUGAUACAUAUACAGUACAUGUGUUUAUUUUAUAUUAAGAUGCAGUGAACACAAAAUGUUUACAUUAUGUUUUACCGGAACUGAAAAUCAGGUUUCUAUUUUAUAUUUUGCAAUGGACUGUUGCUGCAGUAUAUAGAGUGUUUAGAGGCAUUAGGAUGAUGUUUUAAUGUUUUUAUAUAAAACAUUUUUUUGUGAUUUCUUUACAGAUUUAAUUUAAAAAAAAAUCUGUGGUACAUUUAUGAGCUUUUGGGAUGGACUGAAUUAUUAAUUAAAUACAGCUUUCUAGAUUUUCUUAUGAUAAUCUUGAGCUAAAAGGAAGUAAAUAUGAUUUUUUUUAGCUAUAAAACAAACAAAAAGCCCACACCAUUACAGCAGAUUGACAUAGUGCUUUAUUGAAGCUGUCUGUAAGAAGGAAAAUAAUGUGCAUCCCUAUCAUAUACAUUUUAUGUGUAAAAAUACUAAGGAUGUACAGUGUAAAAAACAGCUUCAUGUUGAUGGUAAUUUGUUGUUUUCACAUCCUCGCGGCCUCACUGGCCAGCAUCCUGACAGCAUGAGGGACAGAAAAAGGCUGUUUGAUCUGCUUUUCUCUGAAUCUUUCUGGAUCUGCUGGGUUUCCCGACACUGUCUCAGAGUCAACAUCAGCUCUGCUCCGCUGACAAGUCACGGAGCAGAGCUGACUUCAGUAUUACAGUGCUUCAGGGAAACGGGCCCACUCAGAAAUGUCUCACACAGCUGUAAAGCUACAGUAGAUGGACAUGGACAUGAAAUUAAAAGUCAGUUACACUUUGUAAUAUUUGUACAUGUUUGCCAUUUUUUGUUUGCUGUUUAUAAAUAAAUGCAUUUCAUGCUUGUUCAUGUUAAUAAUCAAGAUGAUAAUAGACUAGUACCAGAGAGAGAAGAGAG